UCAUGAGCGCCGACUCGUGGGAGACGGCGCCGAUUUCACCGGAGGAGGAGGUCAUGUCGGAGGCGGCGGCGGCAGCGGCGGCGUCUUCAUCAUCGGAGGAGGUUGUGGAAGACACAGACUCUGAUCAGACCACCAUCGCGUCGUCGUCGUCGUCCUCGGCGGAGAAGAGGCAAAAUCUCUGGUUUUAUGCGGAGCUGAACCAAGUCCGUCUUCUCCAGAGGGCCUUGAGACCCCUGUUUCAGACUGCCUACACCGACCGAGAGUACCCUGACGACAUGUUCCACGCCGGACACAUCCGCGACGCCGGCCACCUCAGCAUAUCGCCGGACGGGAUUCUUCUGAUCUGCACAACCUCUUUCCCGCCUCAUCUUGACGCCUAUCUCCAACUGCCUCUCGCAAACUUCUCCGCCUUUCGCUGCCGCAAGGAGCGCGUGCUGGACCUCCACCUCCGCCUCUUGGAGAACCGAAUCAACAGUACCAUCGACGAUUAUGAAGACGAUGAUGAUGGCAUUUCUGUAUGCUUCUCUGGAGCGAAGCCGAACUACAACGCCCUGCUCUAUUCUCUGAGGGACAGGGAUGCCGUUGCCGUGCACAGCUCUGAGAUGGCGCUCAUUUCCUCAUAUCGGGGUUCUUUGGGGGGAUUGGAUUGGUCAGAUUACAGUUAUAUAGUGAGCAUUGAGAUGCCGGCCCAGAUUUUUAGGCAACUUAUCAAUUCUCUGAGCUUUUAUGGGUUUGAAGUUCAUGCCGAUGUGACAGCGACUCGAAUUAUGUUCCGUGUAGUCAAUAAAGUGGUUUUUCUGGAGGAAGGGGCUGAGAGAUACCGGAUUCUGCGUGAGAGGGGUCAAUAUCCAUUUUUGUUGGAAUUCGGUAUCCAUCAUAAGAGUGCAUUCCUGAAUGCGGCGAGUUUAUCAGACAGAGUUAGGCUGCACCAGCUUUUGGAUUUACGCACUGUGUUGGAGGUACCUGUUAAUGGACUCGGUAGCAUCAUGUUUUGUUCUAGGCUUUAGGUGAUCAUCUAUGAGUCAAAUUUUACAUGUAUUUUCACUGUCCUGAUUGAGAAUUCUUUAGGGUGUACCGAUUCCAGUAGAUGUUGCAGAAUCUGUCUCUAUUACCAUUGUUGACAUGCAACAUUUUUUCAUGUUGGUUGUAGCUUGCCUCCACCUCAU